AUGUCUCGAUCUUUGUUCCUUCGGAUACUGAAUGCAGUUCAAAGCCACGAUAACUAUUUUCAACAACAAAGAGAUGUUCUUGGUAGACUUGGGUUUUCACCUUUACAAAAAGUAACUGCCGUAUUCCGGAUGCUAGCAUAUGGUUUAUCAGCAGAUGCUACUGAUGAGUAUGUCAAAAUUGCUCAAGGUAUUGUUCCUCCUACUCAUUAUAUUAUUCAAGGCAAAGAAUAUAACAUGGGAUAUUAUUUAGCUAAUAACAUAUAUUCUAAAUGGUCAACUAUUGUGCAAACUAUUCAUGAACCACGUAGCUGGAAAAAGAAGUACUUUGCCAUGAAACAAGAAUCCUGCAAGAAAGAUGUGGAAUGUGCCUUUGGAGUUCUACAAUUAAGAUUUGCAAUUGUUGCAAGACCUAUACGUUUUUGGAGUAAGAAUGUGUUAUGUGACAUAAUGACAACUUGUAUUAUCAUGCAUAACAUGAUAGUUGAGGAUGAGAGAGAUCUCAGUGCACCAGUUGUAGAAUCGACAGAUAUGCCUGGACCAACUGUGGAAGUCAUCAAAGAUGAAAAUGCUCGAUUUGAAAAGUUUGUGGCUCGAUAUAAGUAA